AUGGCCCCCAGUGCUCGUGACUCCGAUAGGGAAUCUGCCUAUGGCUACGUGUACGGCGUCUCCGGACCUGGUAAACCGUCAAAAAUUGUGGAAAAGUCUUGAAAAAGUGGUUUUCAGUCGUCACAGCCGAGAAAAUGGCCGGAUCCGCUAUGUACGAGCUUGUCCGUGUAGGUCACCAAGAACUUGUCGGUGAAAUCAUUCGUCUCGAAGGAGACUACGCCACCAUCCAAGUAUACGAGGAAACUUGUGAGUGAAACUUAAAAAAAUUUGAUUUCAAUUUUUCUAGAUUUCAUGAAACCAUUAUGUUUGCUUGAAAAAAUGAUUGAAAUAAAGAAAAAAUUUAAGGAAGAAAAAGACUUGCAAAAAUUGGAAAUUUUCAGAGAUAGAUAUUCGUUUAUAAAUGAAAAAUGCAGUUUAAUUAUUUUCUCCUUAUUUGUUGCAAAAUUCUAUUUUGCUUUGCAACCUAUUCAUCACUCAAAUAAUUUCGAAUUUAAUCAUUUUUUUUUUCCUUUAUGUUUCUUGCCUUUUUAUGCCUGUUGAAAUAUCAGCUUCAUGGAGUUUUUUGAACCUUAUACCUUCCUUUCAUUUUUUUUUUGCUUUUUCAGCUGGUGUGACGAUCGGUGACCCAGUGCUCCGAACUGGAAAGCCGCUCUCCGUGGAACUUGGUCCAGGUAUCAUGGGUUCGAUUUUCGACGGUAUCCAGCGUCCGCUCAAGGACAUCGCUGACAUGACAUCUUCCAUCUACAUUCCGAAAGGUAAUUAUACUAUAGUUUUAAUUUGUAUCAUUUUUCAUCGUUUUUUUAGGAGUAUCGACCAAGGCUCUGUCCCGCGAAGCCCGUUGGGAUUACAAGGUCAACAAGCACAUUUCUGUCGGAGCUCACGUCACUGGUGGUGACGAACUUGGAUCUGUCCACGAAAACGUUCUGAUCAAGCACAAGAUCCUUUUGCCGCCCAACGCUUGCGGAACCGUCACUUUCGUCGCUCCCGCUGGGCAGUACACAGUGGAGGUAAACUUUUUUCUUUUCCUUUUUUCAUUAUUAUCUAUGUCUCUACAUCAAUCAUUUUAAGGACACUUUGCUCGAAGUUGAGUUUGCUGGACAAAAGCAGAAGUUCACCAUGCUCCAAGUUUGGCCUGUCCGUAACCCUCGUCCUUGCGCUGAGAAGGUUUAUAAAACAUAAUGGAAUUAGAGAUGAAUGGGAGAGUUUUUAGUUGGCCGCUAACAAUCCGCUUCUUUGCGGACAACGUGUGCUCGACGCCCUGUUCCCAUGUGUCCAGGGAGGAACCACCGCCAUCCCAGGAGCUUUCGGUUGCGGAAAGACUGUCAUUUCGCAGUCUCUCUCCAAGUUCUCCAACUCCGAUGCCAUCAUCUACGUCGGUUGCGGAGAGCGUGGAAACGAAAUGUCUGAAGUGAGUGAUCUUUUUGGGUCUAUAAAACGGUAGUAAAUCGGAAAAAUUAGCCCAAAAAGGCGAAAUUUUUCGAAACUAAAACUUAACAAAAUAAACGAUGAAGGUUGUAAAUAUUGACAUCAGAUAUUACGAAAGUUGUGUUUUUUUUUAGUUUACCUAGUUUCGAAAAAUAUCAUAUAAAGGAGAGAAAGGAAGGAGUGCACCUCACGGUCAAAAAAAGAUACAAACACAGUUUUGUUAGUUUGGCACCAAGAGAAAUAAUUUUCUACAGGCCCAAAUUACAUACAGAGAAAAUUAACAACAUUAUUUUAAAGUUUUUUUUUUACAGUAAACACACCUUUUCUUAAAAAAAUGAGAGAUUUAGGUACUUCGUGAUUUCCCUGAACUGACUAUGGAGGUCGACGGCGUCACCACGUCUAUCAUGAAGCGUACUGCUCUUGUCGCCAACACAUCAAACAUGCCUGUCGCUGCUCGUGAAGCAUCCAUCUACACUGGUAAGAUUUUAUCUGCAGUUUAGUUCCUGAAUUGAAUUUCGUCAGGUAUCACCUUGGCCGAGUACUUCCGUGACAUGGGUCUCAACGUGGCUAUGAUGGCCGAUUCCACCUCACGAUGGGCCGAAGCUCUCCGUGAGAUUUCUGGUCGUCUCGGAGAAAUGCCUGCCGAUUCUGGCUACCCUGCUUACCUGGCCGCUCGUCUUGCGUCCUUCUACGAGCGUGCCGGUAAGGUGAAGUGUUUGGGUAACCCCGAGCGUGAAGGAUCCGUCACCAUCGUCGGAGCGUGAGUUUCUUUCUUUUUAUUCUUGAAAUGUUUGUCAUAUCAAUUUAUAACCUCAAAAUUUUGGUUACAGUGUGUCGCCACCUGGUGGAGAUUUUGCCGACCCAGUCACUGCCGCCACUCUCGGUAUCGUGCAGGUGUUCUGGGGAUUGGACAAGAAGCUCGCUCAACGCAAGCAUUUCCCGUCUAUCAACUGGCUCAUCUCCUACAGUAAAUACAUGCGAGCUCUUGAAGACUUCUACGAGAAGAACCACCCUGAGUUCGUCGCUCUCCGUACCAAGUGCAAGGAGAUUCUCCAGGUCCUUUGAUCUCUUCUCAUAUUCACUUAUAACGAGAUUUCAGGAAGAAGAAGAUCUUUCCGAAAUUGUGCAGCUCGUCGGUAAGGCUUCCCUCGCUGAAUCUGACAAGAUCACUCUUGAAGUCGCCAAAAUCAUUAAGGUGGCUUUCUGAACUUUUCUGGGUAUACUAUAUACGUAAUUUUACAGGACGACUUCUUGCAACAGAACGGUUACACUCCAUACGAUCGUUUCUGCCCCUUCUACAAAACUGUCGGCAUGUUGAAGAAUAUGUAAGAUAUUUCUUAUAUUCAAGAAUACGUCAUGAAUCGCAGGAUUGGUUUCUACGACCUUGCCCGCCACGCAGUCGAAGCAACAGCUCAGUCUGAGAACAAAGUGACGUGGGCGACAAUCAGAGACCACAUGGGAGACCUUCUCUACCAACUUUCCUCCAUGAAGUUCAAGGUUACAUAUCGAACAAAGAUUCGACUGAACAAAACAUUUGAAGGAUCCCCUUGCCGACGGCGAGAACAAGAUCAAGAAGGACUACGAUGACUUGCUCGAGCAGAUGCAGAACGCUUUCAGAAACCUCGAGGAUUAA